AUGUCAAACACCUCAAUCGUGCUACCGCGCCCGGGCGCGACUAUCUCCGGUGAGCCACGGUCUAUUCAAGCUCCAUCCGAAGCUGCCUUCGUCGCAACUUUCGGGAGCCUUUUGCCCGCUGCAUCAUAUACACAGACCCCCCACGGCAGAGUCGCAUAUUAUGAGCUGUCCCCUUCAUCACCCGCGCCUACAGACUGCAAAAACCCAGUCACUCGCGUACUUUUCUUGCACGGUGUACAGACACCUGCGAUUGGCCUGCAGCCGUUGGCAAGCGUCUUGUCUUCGCAAUUCCCGUAUGCUCAAUGUGUACUUGUUGAUCUGUGGGGUCACGGUCUCACAGAAACACCGCUUCUACCUCACGACGCGACACUAUUUCAUUCAUUGGUAAAUUCAUUGCUGGAGCUUCUCGGAUGGGACAAUGCUCACUUUGUGGGUUAUUCGUUUGGCGCGUCAACAACGGCCUCUUUUGCGGCUGCCUAUCCCGAACGUGUAGCCUCUAUGGCGCUUGUUGCGCCUGCUGGUCUAAUCCACUCUGCGCAAUUCGACGAAGUGCAGAGGAGUUAUUUGCGUGGAGGUGAGGACAUAGAAGAUAGGGCCCGAGAAUGGAUUGUGGAGUGGCUUGAAGGAGGCAAAUUGGUUGUUCCCUCGGAUUGGAAGGAGAGGGUCCAACGGGGUGAGGUUGUUGCCGAGGCAGUUCGCGAGUGGCAAACGAAGGAGCACAAAGGGCAUACUGCCAGUGUAGACUUGAAGGAUAUCGGGAUGCACAAUGUUCAUGUUGUCCCUCAAGUGGGCCAUGGAGUUGUUCGACAGGAGGUGGCAGAGGUGGCUCGACUCAUUGAAGAGUUCUGGAGAACUAUCUAG